GUUUCCUUGGCCUUUUCUUCCGCCCGAUCUCGCAGAUUAAAUUGCACACACCGUUUUGGCAAGACUGUUGGUAAUCCGUUUAUUUCUGUACAAACUGUGAUAAACCAGCCCUCUCAAACGUCCAAAAUGUUCGCCACGGUCCGCAAACAGCUUAGAAGCCACCCAGCUCUCAUCCCCCUCUUCAUCUUCAUCGGUGGAGGAGUAACCAUGUCCAUGAUGUACCUUGGUCGUCUGGCCUUGAAAAACCCUGACGUCUGCUGGGAUCGCAAGAACAACCCAGAGCCCUGGAACAAACUGGGCCCAAAUGAUCAGUACAAGUUUUUCACAGUCAACAUGGACUACAGCAAACUGAAGAAGGAUCGUCCUGAUUUCUAAACAUCACAUCUGCUGGACCAAAAGCACAAAGAUGAGCUGAUCCGCACAGCCCCAUUUUGGACUCUUGGAACCUUAGGGAUGCAGAGGCUAAACCCGCACAAUGAUUCAUAUUUAAGUUCCUCAUUGCAUCCCAUUGGCUUUUUGAGAUGGUGUCUCUUAUUUCUCUUUUUCAGUCACUCUCAAUAAAGAGAAGGAGUCUUUUCUCCUCCAUACAGAGAAAAGAA